AUGUGUGAACCAUUUCUGGGAACGUGGAAGCUAGUUUCUAGUGAGAACUUUGAUGAUUACUUGAAAGAACUUGGUGUGGGCUUUGCUACUAGGAAGAAGGUGGCUGGUGUUGCCAAGUCCAAUGUCAUUAUCAGUUGCAAUGGGGAUAUUAUAACCAUCAGAACAGAAAGCACUUUCAAGAACACAGAGAUUAGUUUCAAGCUGGGAGAAGAGUUUGAUGAGACCACAGCAGAUGAUAGGAAAGUAAAGAGACUUGUGACACUAGACAAUGGAGUUCUCAAUCAGGUGCAGAAAUGGGAUGGAAAACAGACCACAUUAAAAAAAAGAUUGCUGAUGGAAAGUAGAUUGUGGAGUGUGUUAUGA